GCAUGAUGACGUCAGUCGCACAACCCGUGUUCGACAGAAAGAAUUCCUCUAAGAAAUUGGGGAACUUGCUGGGGGUCAUGGGGACCGACGUGCCGCUAAAGGAACUCACGAAGCUUACGCCACCAUUUCAGAUAGGACCGAAUGGCUACUCUUUUGCGAUCACAAACAACGGAUACGUCCUGUUUCACCCAGACCUGAGACCAAUUUACGGCGAUGGCAAAACGAAGCCCAACUACAACAGCGUGGACCUGGCGGAGGUAGAGAUACCUGACUCUGACGAUAUACCACAUACUACUGACAUAUCGUGGACCUGGCGGAGGUGGAGAUACCUGACUCUGACGAUAUACCACCUACUACUGACAUAUUAUGGCGAUGGCAAAACGAAGCCCAACUACAACAGCGUGGACCUGGCGGAGGUGGAGAUACCGGACUCUGACGAGCUGGACGGGCCGGACUACGCGAUGCUGCUGAGGAGAGACAUGAUCGACCGUGGCAGCAAGGAGGGUAGCACGACGAUGAAAGUCCGCGUCCACUUCGACAACAUGAGGCGAGUGACCGUGCGUAACAACAGCUACACGUACCGCGGACUGAAGGACACGCCCUUCACGCUCGGACUGUCGCUGCCGAUGCCGUACGGAGUCUACCACGUGACAGGCAUCAUCGACGCCACCGACCCCGUGCUCACCGACGAGCUGUAUCAUGAAAUGUUUCAUUCCGAGUACAACGAGGGAGCUUGGAGAGUUGCCAACGACUGGGUCUACUGCAUUUUGGGCGGGCCUGGGGAUGAGGUGCCUGGCAAUAACGAGGAAGCUCUGCUGUUCUACAUAGACAUCGGGAGACAUUCCAACGUGACGAUGAAAGCAAAGUACAAGGAGAAAUGUGAGAGGUUCAUAGAGCGUAGCAAGCAGACCGUGGAGGAGGUUUACUACAAGCGAGCCGUCGAUCACGGCAAGGAUCAGCUCGUCGUAUCCGUACCAUUUGAUGUCCGCGAGCGUAGUUACGACAGCUUCGACAAUGACAACGACACGGUGAUGACAAUCAGCAGUCCUGUCGUCGUGACGACACGAGAUGAGGACAUGCUGCCCGCUGUCUCCGCCGUCGUCGGCAUGCAGAUCAAACACAGCUCUGUCGUGUCCGAGUUUUACCGCAUCGUCAACAACACACAUCAUCAGGAUGAGAAGUGGACGUGUCGAAACGACGACAUGCAAUGUUACGUCCUGGAUGACAACGCCUUCGUUGUCAUAUCAGAAGAUUUCGAUGAUACUGGGAUGUUUUUUGGUGACAUUGAGCCGAGGCUGCUGGAUCAUCUCGUGAGACUGGGUGUAUACAUAAAGGUACCUAUGUACGACUUUCAAGGAAUGUGUCAACGGCAAAACAACACGACAGAUUCAGCAUCCACGAUGCUAACGCCAUGGCGGUCGCUGUCCUAUCUACUAACAUGGCUGUGGAAAGAAAUAGGACUAUUUCUAGCACAAUACAGCAUGUACAACCUUUGGUACGGUGACCACGGUCAAACGGCAAAAGAGACGCGCGUGACCGCGGCACGCGUCAGUACUACCAACCUCGUCAUGGUCGCUCACGACGUCAACUGCAUCUGCACCCCUCCCGACCACGACGUCUCGAUCGCUCCCAACGAGAUGCGUCACGACGACGACAUGUGCAGCUACCUGCGUAAGCAGAUCUAUCGCAAGAAACCAGACACCUGCGCCUCGUAUAACGAAAACCUGGGAGGAGUUGGAAUGGGGGCUGAAAGGGAGAAGACAGGCAACUUAGCAUUCUGCAAGAAAUUCCCAUUUCACUUUGAGGUGCUGCAAUCUUUAGAACACAUCAAACUGCAAAUUUAUAAUUAG